CAAAGGGUUGAAAGAGUACUGUACUGUUUACUCUUUGAUUUCGGUCACACCAGUUGCUUUUCGCCCUUAUCAGUUCAAAUUGACGGUCUAGUACUACAGCUACUAAUUGUAUGGAACAAUGACGGCAAACAUUAAAUGGAACCAAAGGGGUGAGGACUCUGAGAAAGACAGUUAUUCAAAAGGAAGUUUAGAUCCUUCAAAGCUGUUCCCCUACAACCCCCCAGAGUGGGUGGUGAAACGCCUAACAACAAUCCCAAAAUUCCGUGUGAAGCUUAUUCAACCAUUCACCCCCAUUUAUAAAUGGAACCUGCCAGGUGUACCUACAGGCUUCGACGUGUCAAUCAAACGAGAUGAUAUGACAGGCAUUACGCUAAGUGGCAAUAAAGCACGCAAACUUGAGUUUUUAUUGGGCGAUGCAAUUCACAAGGAGUGCAAUGCGGUGAUCACCGUUGGAGACGUUCAGUCAAAUCACUGUAGAACGACGGCAGUAGCAGCCAGACAAGUCGGUCUGGAACCUCAUCUGCUCAUCAGAUCUUCUUCUGAAAAUCCUGAACAAAUUCCAAGUGAAGGUAACAUGUUCAUUGACAUGUUAGUGGGAUCUUCUUUGUACCUGGUGCCGCUGAAGCCUUUCCAAAACCAACAAAGAAUGGAGAAACUGGCUGAAUGUUUACGUAAAUCAAGAAACUUAAAAUGUUAUACAGUCAAACCAGGGGGAUCCAAUGCUAUUGGUCUUUACAGACUGCCUGACGAGCUCUGGCCCCUGGGGUGGGGCUUAAGCCCCUGCUGCCUCCCACUGGUGCUGCCACAGACUAAACCCUUCUCCAACUACCGUCCACAAAACACACAGCAGUUGCUAGCUAACGCACUCAAAAAAAUACAACAAGGAUAUUCUUUGGUGCAUGCAUUUGUGAUCAGAAAUGACAAGGUUCAUGUUAUCAACCAUGUUACUGAAAUCCUGGAAGAGAUUGGUUUGGACCUUGAGGUGAAAGCUGAAGAACUGAUUGACGUAGUAGAAGGCUCAAUAGGCCUAGGUUAUGCUAAGUCUACUCCAGAAGAACUAGAAUUCAUUACCAAUGUUUCAAUGAAGACUGGUGUGAUCUUAGAUCCAACUUAUACCGGCAAAGCAGCCUUCGGUCUUGUUGAGCACAUAAAUACCAAUCCAAGUGCCUUUAAAGGAAAGCGAAUCUUAUUUGUUCAUACAGGUGGUUUCUUUGGAUGUGUUAAUGGGAAGUUCAAGAGUGUUCUUGGUGAGACAGCAGUAAACAGGAUCCAAGGCUGGAUGGAUAUGAAUGUGGAACCUGUCGUCCUUUAAAGCUAAUUUUAAAAACACUGCCAACAGUACUAAUCUCUUAUGAUUCAAACCCCAAUGGAGUCCAAUACUUUUUCACAAAACAUUAAAUAUUUUUAAAAUGUACCACCAACUUCCACCCAACCUGAAUUUUAGAAUAAAAGAAGUUAACUAAACUAUUAAGAAUAAUGUGGUAAAAAUGUCAUUAACUUGUUAUCCACUACUCUGUCGCUACAGUGUUUUCAUUGCAAUCGUUGCCUGCGUUGCUGCUCCCAACGCAAUCUGAGGGCUCCCCGAUUCAACCAACCAAUUUGCAUAUUAAAAUGGAUAAUUUUUAGUUGAUUAGCUGGCUCUGUUUUCUCAGGGAUGCUAUCAUUUUAUUCAUUGUUUUUGUAUUUUACUCUGAUUGCUCAGUAAAUUCAAAUCAAAUCUAUAUGACAGCAGACAGUUACCAAAUACUUAGAGUUAAUGGUACAGUCAGUGCAAUGUCACAUGGCAGACAAAUAUGCAGAUAUAAUAUAUACAAAGUUUUAGGUCUUAUAUAAAUAAUGAAAUGUAAUUACUUUAUAAAUAUAUUGAUAUAUAAAAGUAUUAUAAAUUCUGAAAGUAUCUUAUUUUUACUGUAUGAGCAACAAUGAAGAUUUGCCGUCCGUACUUUGUAAUUUUGUUAUUGUUUUAAAAUUGAUACAAUGUCUUACAGAAAACCAACCUUAACGAUUUAAUGGAUCUUUAUUAAACUUUUUAAAUGGACGCUUUUUAAAACAAAUUGUUAUAAAUAUUAAUUAUGAAAUGAAAUAUAUUUAUGUAAUAAACUUGAGGAAUAAAUAAUCACCAUUAUUUUAGAUAAGAA